AUGGCAGCCUUGUUGGCGGUACUGCUGCUUGUGUCCGGAGUGCUGGCCGCCGUGUACACGCUGCGCUCCUCCGUGGUCCGCGUCGUCCGCGUCUCACUGGACCUGCUCCGCGCCCGGCGGUUGACGGCGUCCCUGCCGGGCCCCAGCCUCUUCCAGGACGGGCUGAUCCCGCGCGGUGGCGGCGGCGCGUACGCGUCCAUGACGGCGCUGUGCGGCGCCAUGGCCAAGCAGGGCUCUGUGUUCCGCGUGUGCGUCGGCCCCAUGACCCUGGUGCGCCUCGCGGCCAAGUCCGUGGUGUACUCGGCCCUGGAGCCGCUGCUGGGCCGGGGGCUGGCCACGCUGCACGGCGCGGCGUGGCGGCGACACCGUAAGGCCAUCACGCCCAGCCUGCACCUGGACAUCCUGCGCGACUUCGUGCCCGCCUUCCACCGGCACGCCGUGGGGCUGGCCGACGCGCUGCUGCGCCACGACGGCUGCGUGCUGGACGUGGUGCCGCUCUGCGGCCACUGUGCCAACUCCGCCAUCAUGGAGACCGUCAUGUCCACGGACGUGCCCGACGGCGACGAGGGGCUGCGCGAGUUCCUUGGCGCCAUCCCCAAGGCGCAGAGGGCCUUCAUGCUGCGCUCCGGCAAGCCCUGGCUGCUCAUCGACAGGGUCUUCGCCUUCCACAAGCGCUUCCCCGAGUACGCGCGCGCCAAGGCGGCACUGGACGGCUUCACCAGCCGCAUCAUCCGCGCCAAGAAGCAGGCCCUCGCCAACAAGGCCUCGCGAGCGCGCCGCCGCAUGGCCUUCCUGGACCACCUGCUGCAGUCGGAGGAGGGCGCCAGCCUGGACGACCUGGAGAUCGCCGAGGAGGUCAAGACCCUGGUGUCCAUUGGGUCCUCCUCCUCCAUGGAGACGCUCAGCCUCAUCAUCCUGACCCUGGCCAUCCGCCAGGACGUGCAGCAGAAGCUGUGGCAGCCUUAUUCUCAUAAUGAAUUUGCAGUAUUUCCAUUUGGCCCCCCGCUCUUUCUGAACGGCCCGCCAUGUGUUGUGCCGCAGGAGGUGGUGGACGUGCUCGGCGAGGACGUGUCGCGGCCGCUGACCCCGGACGACAUGCCGCACCUGCAGUACACCGAGUGCGUGGUGAAGGAGGUGCUGCGCUACUACAGCGUAGUGCCCUUGUUCGGGCGCCGCGUGCGCGAGGACGUGGUGCUGCCGUCGGGGACGCUGGUGCCGCGGGGCUGCCAGCUCAUGUUCUGGCUGCCGCACGUGCACCGCAGCGCCGAGCUGUUCGAGCGCCCGGACGACUUCGACCCGGACCGCUUCCUGCCCGAGACGUCGCGCGGCCGCCACCCCUUCGCCUUCGUGCCCUUCAGCGCGGGGCCGCGGAACUGCGUGGGCCAGCGCUACGCCAUCAUGUUCCUCAAGGCGGCCGUCGCCGCGCUCGCGCCCAGGGUGCGCUUCGAGGUGCCCGACGACGGCCCGCGCUGCACCCAGGACGUGCCGCUCAACCUCAACCUCACCACCAACGUGCGGGGCGGGGUCAAGGUGCGCGUGUGUCGGCGGGGGCCUUCCUUCUGA